CGAAAACUGAAUGCCCUUUUCCGACAAGUUAUUAUUCAUCUCAUUCAUCGUUCUUCUCCUUUCAAUAAUUCUAUACAUAACACCACAGCCUCAGUCUAAAGAUACAAUGCCAACAGCACUUAGGAACGUCAUUGUAGUCGGGGGAUCUUAUGUGGGCUCUAAAGCUGCACAAGAGCUGGCUGUAGUCCUCCCACCUACACAUCGAGUACUCCUUGUUGAACCUCAUAGUCAUUUCCACCACCUCUUUGCUUUCCCUCGAUUUGCCGUCGUUCCUACACACGAACACAAAGCUUUCAUUCCCUUCACCUCCGUAUUCAAUGAUUCCGCCAUCCCUAACCCUUCUAUCCACGCUGUCGUCCGAGCCAAAGUCAACGCCGUUUACCCCACACAUGUUUCCCUCGACCGAGCCUGGCAAGGCGAGACCGAUAUCUCUUAUGAUUUCCUCGCUAUCGCUACCGGUACAAGGCUCCCUGCUCCCGGAUCUAUGCAAAGCGAGGAUAAGUCCAAUUCUGUAGAGUAUUUCAAGACUUAUCAGGAGGGCGUAAAGGAGGCUAAGGAUAUUGUGAUUGUUGGAGGCGGUGCGGUUGGCGUUCAAAUGGCUUGUGAUAUCAAGGAGGUCUCUCCUGAGAAGAAUGUGACUCUUGUUCAGUCUAGGGACCGCGUCAUGCCCAAAUUUCACCCCAAGCUUCACGAGAUCAUCUCUAAUCGCUUCAAGGAACUCGGAGUCAACCUUGUCACCAACAAUCGCGUCACCGUCCCUGCUGAAGGUUUCCCCAAUGACGGCUCAACAUUCUCCGUCGCUCUCAAAGACGGCACCUCCAUCCCCGCCCAACUCGUUAUUCCCGCUACCGGCCAAAUCCCCAACUCUCAACUUCUGUCCACCUUACCUCCUUCCUCUACCGACUCUCUCGUUAACCCUGCCAACGGCUUCAUCCGCGUCCGUCCUACCCUCCAAUUACAAGAUACAAAAUACUCCAACAUUUUUGCUGUAGGCGAUAUCGCCGACUCGGGAGCGCAUAAAGCUGCUAGACCCGCUAUGCAGCAUGUGAAAGUGCUCGCGAGAAACAUUGUAGCUAUGAUUGAUGGAAAACAGCCCGAAGAGAAAAUUGAGGUCGAGCCUGCUGCGAUCCAUAUGACAUUGGGGUUAAUCCAAAACAUUGUGUUUAGAAACCCUAACAUUGCCACUGGUGACACUGAGCCUUUCUACAAAUUCCGAGAUGACGGUAAGCCUGAUAUGGGCAUUGAAGAUGUUUGGGCUAGACGCGGAGUUGUAGUCAACGACCCCAGCGAAUAUUUCCUGUAAAACAAUCCGAGAUAGUUAGAUUAUUGGCAGUAAAAUGUCAAAACCUCUACAUUCUGUACUAGACUUAUAGAGAAAACGAGAAAUGAUACAUGGGUCUUCUUGCAGGAUUCCUGGUCGCGUAGAGCGGAAGAUGAUCCAUGAAGGUCAACAAUGGCCGUUCAAGAUAGCAAAUGAACGAAUAAUCUGAUGUU